UGCCGGGACAGCGGACACACACACACGCAUCCACCCAGGCGGAGACAACCUUACCGGAGCGACCAUCCCCAAACCAGCCGCGAUGCCUCACUCCUCGUUCCCCCUGUGCGUCCUGGGACUCCUCGCCAUCUCAUCCGCCUGUUACAUCCAGAACUGCCCCCGUGGAGGGAAACGAGCGCUCCCCGAGACCGGGAUCAGACAGUGCAUGUCUUGUGGCCCCGGAGACCGGGGCCGCUGCUUUGGCCCCAGUAUCUGCUGCGGGGAGGGCCUCGGCUGCCUGCUGGGCUCCUCGGAAAUGGCUAACUGCGUGGAGGAGAACUACCUGCUCACCCCGUGCCAGGCGGGAGGGAGGCCCUGUGGAUCUGACGGAGGCCACUGUGCUGCUUCCGGGCUCUGCUGUAACUCAGAGAGCUGUGCGGUGGACCCUGACUGUCUCGGUGAGAUCGAGGCCUCCGAUCCGGGCCGCGGCACAGCGGGGGCCUCGGCUGCAGAGUUGCUGCUGCGCAUGCUGCACGUGGCCACCAGGGGGCAGGCGGAGCACUGAUGCGCUCCCUGUGGAGGCCCCUCCGCCUUCCCUGGGCCCUUGCAACAGAAGAUCAUACCUCCCUGUUCCACCACAAGCCUUGAAAUUUCAACCGUGAAUCUAUGUUAUGCCCUCAAAAAAAUGUGCUCUCUGAACCGCUGCUGCAAUGAUAUGUGUGUGUCCGUAAAGUCAGCGAGAGCGAGGCCUGUCUUUUAAUUCAGUAAUUGGCUGUUUUCAUCCACAUCCUAAUGGAGACGGAGAAUGCUUAUGAAAAGUAGAUUUAAUGUUCGCUGUGGAAUGUAUAUACUAAUGCACAUAAUGUAAACACAACUGUAUUCUAUACGAGAGACUGGAACACACGUCAGAGCUCCACUUAAAAUAUGAAUUAUAGCAGAAAACCCUGUAAAUAAGUCAGAGAUUUGAGAUUACAGACAUCCACGUAAAACAGCUGGAUGUCGAUUCUAAAGCAGUUCCUUCUUGUGUAGUUGACAUUUAAUGUACAUUUAAAAUAAGAGAAACAAUACAGAAUAUAUCAAUACAAAAAAAACCUCUGCUGUCUGUUUCCAUUAUUCCCAGGGUUUACAUAAUUACACCUCUAACUGACAACAAUUAUUGACUUUCCCAUCUGCUUUUGUAUAUGUGUGCAUGUGUCAAAAAAAUCAAGUUGAGCUGAGCUGAUUUUUACAAGAAAUGGAAAGCUACUUCUGAUAAACCAGCAGAUGUCAUAUGAAACUUCA